UACUAUAAGCAUGUAAUCAUUAAAAACUAUCAUAUAUCUGGAGUGCAAGGUACUGUUGCCGUUGGAACCGAUGCAAAGAUCGUCAUCAAAGGUUAGACAAAAGGGCCUAACUGUGCAUUUAUCAUAGAACAAAAACAAAUAUUUUUCUUGGUUUAAUUUUAAGAAAAAAAAUGCUUUUUUUAAUUCUCUCUCUCUUUUUCUUUUAAACUGUUUUCAACAUUUUAUGUCGUUAUCUUUCUAGGUGAUAACGAGUGUUAUGUUAACACAGAACCAAACGGGCUUCAAGAUACAGAAGACAACACAAAAAGCCGCCGCUCUAGUCUGGGUCAAGAAGGAAAGUGUGGGUGCCAACUACCAAAUAGGAAACGGAGAAUCGUUCAAUUUGAAACUAACGGUAAGUGAAAUUCUGGGACUGAUUUUUGCUACCAGGUUUCCAAGCCCCAUUCUAACAUCGCUUUGCAUGUAGGAGCUUCACGAUAUAUUUCUGAUACCAACACAACUCACGAACAUUUACACUGCACUUCCUCAAGAGUAAAUUAUCAUUUGAAAAGAAAAAUAGCUAAAGUUUCGAAAACGCAGCUGAAGAAGAAGGCAACCGUUUGAGUGAAAAGAGGCCAAAAAGUGGAGUGCAUCUGAUAUGACUAAAAAUUGCACUACGGAAGGAAAAGGAAAGGGAAAAAAAAGGACGAGGAGAAAGAAGGGUUUGGAAAUAAAUAAAACAAUGGUCGCUCAUAGUUUAUGUAUUGGCGACUUUAUAUAAUUGGUUAACGGAAGAGGUCUAUUUUGGCAGUAAUGUUUUCCAAAAUAUCCAUUAUUUCUUCUAAAUGAAGACCGAAAUAUCUCAAAGAAUUCCUAGCAUCUUCCCAAAGGCAGUAAAGUCUCUCAACUGGCCACUGGUGCAUUAGCACCAGUUUGUUUUAAAUGCGAUAAAACCACAUGUGGUUUUUGUUGACCGGACGAAUGUACACGGAGGCCUACUAUAGAAGCGGUAUAUAUAUUUUUGUCAGUAAAGUUGACUACAAGAUUGCAAAGAUGUCACAGAAAACUAUGUGCAAAUACACAACAGAAAUGAUAAUGUGCUGUAAAGCGGAACAAAAAACGGAAGUAAACUAACCAAGCAAUCAUCAACUCUCCUGUUUACCGAAAAACGAAAACGAGAUACAGUCCAUACUUAAAUUACAACUGUUCGAAGAGAGAAAUUGAACCAAUACUCUACAUAAAGCGAAGUAAGGCCUUAGCGGUGUAUCCACACUGUGGCUUUAACACCUCAGCCGCUGCACGUCACUUUGCCCUCCAGAGCCUAGUCCUGAGCUGAUUGGCUGA